ACAGCCUCUGAGCAAUCUGUGUGUCCAUCCCUAGAUGAAGGACCCCCCUUCUCGGUGCCCUUCAAGCCAUACAUGUGGAACAGCUUGGGUGGCUCCGAACUGAGGCAUCUUGUACAAAGCUACAGGCCCUGCCCAACACUGGAGCGAACCUCAGCCCUGGGGCUCUUCUGCGAGCGAGGCUCUGAGCCUGCCCUCUAUGGUGCUGAGCGCAGCUCUUCUCUUGGACUUUAUGGUGACUUCAGCUCCCCGGGCCCGGGGCUGUUUGAGCGGCCACCGGCAGCAGCACCUGGACUCUAUGCUGAAACACAGCCUGGGCUGCAGCAAGAGAAGGGCCCAGGUGGCAUCAAAGUGGAGUCGGACCUCUUGUGCCGCCCAUUGCUCAUCAGCACUGGCUCUUACAAGUGUGUCAAGUGCAGCAAGGUCUUCUCCACGCCACAUGGCCUUGAAGUACAUGUGCGCCGCUCACACAGUGGUACGAGGCCCUUUGCCUGUGACAUGUGUGGCAAGACCUUUGGCCAUGCAGUCAGCCUGGAGCAGCACAAGGCCGUGCACUCUCAG